UCUUGCACAACCGUUCUUCAUUCCAAUGCACACACAGAGCGGAGCAUUAAACUUUCUGCAACCACGCCGAUAAUUCGCUCAAGGAUUUACUACAAUAUAUAUACCAAGCGGAUUUAGUCGGGAAUAGGACUUGAUCAUGUAUGUAUGUAAGCGUGAAAAUGCAUAGCUGGACUAUUCUACGUUAUGGUAUUGAUACAAGAAGUGCGAAGAUAUCAAACGUCUUGACUACAAGAAAGACUUCGGAUUUUUCCCGACAGACCCUUUGAAAAGGACAUUUAUUUCCCUGCGUAUCGAUAAUAACAAAUAUUAUCGGGGAUAUUUACCGAACCGUUGUUGGGAACAGGGCAACUUCUCUUCGGUCGUUUGCCAAAUGCGUCUACGGGUUGGACGACUACGGGUUCCCGUUUCUCAGGCAUAAACCCACUGGAAAUCAUCGAGAGGGCACAAAUCUUCUCAUACCUUGUUCACAUUCCUAUUUUUCCUUGUUGGUUUUAUGGAGGUAACUCUGGGACUGGGUGCUUGACGCGGUUGGACUGGGUGCUUGACGCGGUUGGACUGGGUGCUUGACGCGGUUGGACUGGGUGCGUGGAGCGUCGGAACACCUCGGAUUGUAUUCACCCGUCUCUCCCUAUCUUCCCAGGGGUUAGUUUUAUGUCCGAGCUGACCGCUUUAUGAGAAUGGAUUACUUGCUGGUUUUAUGCAGCCUCUUGCUGCCCAUAGCGUCAGCUGUUGAAGAAACAUUAAUGGACACCAAGUGGGCCACGACUGAGUUAGCCUGGACCGCUCAUCCUGAAACUGGGUGGGAGGAGGUGAGCGGCUACGAUGACGCCAUGAACCCCAUCCGGACGUACCAAGUGUGCAACGUGCGAGAGGCCAACCAGAACAACUGGCUGCGCAGUGACUUCAUCCCACGCAAGGACGUCCUCCGUGUCUACGUAGAGAUGAAGUUCACCGUGCGUGACUGCAACAGCAUCCCCAACAUCCCCGGCUCCUGCAAGGAGACCUUCAACCUCUUCUACUAUGAGUCCGACUCCGACUCGGCCACAGAGACAAGUCCAUUCUGGAUGGAAAAUCCCUAUGUAAAGGUGGACACCAUCGCGCCCGAUGAGAGUUUCUCCAUGUUGGAGUCGGGAAGGGUGAACACGAAAGUGCGGAGCUUCGGACCUCUUUCCAAGACUGGGUUUUACCUGGCAUUCCAAGACCUGGGGGCUUGUAUGUCGUUGAUUUCCGUCCGGGUCUUCUAUAAGAAGUGCUCGACCACCAUCGCGAACUUCGCCGUGUUCCCCGAGACGGCCACUGGGGCCGAGGCCACGUCACUGGUCAUCGCGCCCGGGACAUGUGUUCCCAAUGCUCUCGAGGUGUCCGUGCCUCUCAAGCUGUACUGCAACGGGGACGGAGAAUGGAUGGUUCCUGUGGGAUCGUGCACCUGCGCGUCCGGCUUCGAGCCCGCCAUGAAGGACACCCAGUGUCAGGGUGAGUGUGACAUCAAGGACACACAAUGUCAGGCUUGCAGCCCGGGCACGUUCAAAUCCAAGCAGGGUGAGGGUUUCUGCACUCCCUGCCCACCCAACAGCCGUACCAGCUCUGGGGCAGCCAACGUAUGCUCCUGCAAAAACGGCUUCUACCGCUCAGACACAGACUCACCAGACAACGCCUGCACCACCAUCCCCUCGGCGCCGCGCAAUGUCAUCUCCAACGUCAACGAGACCUACCUGGUCCUGGAGUGGAGCGAGCCGCGUGACUCGGGCGGCCGCGACGACAUCUUCUACAACGUCAUCUGCAAGAAGUGCCUGCCUGAGCGCGGCAUGUGCUCGCGCUGCGACGACAACGUGGACAUCACGCCGCGCCACCUGGGCCUGACGCAGCGUCGCGUGGCGGUCCGAAACCUGCAGGCACACACCCAGUACAGCUUCGAGAUCCAGGCGGUCAACGGCGUGUCGAAUAAGAACCCGUACACGCCGCAGUUCUCCGCCGUCAACAUCACCACCAACCAAGCCGCUCCAUCUGCAGUACCUACAGUUCACCUGAUGGGGGCCACAGCCAGCACCAUGAGUCUUUCCUGGCUGCCCCCUGAGAAACCCAACGGAAUCAUUCUGGAUUAUGAGAUUAAGUACCAUGAGAAGGUAGGCAACAAUGACCAGGGAGAGGCCAUCGCCCACACCAUGACCGCCCAAAGGAGUUCUUCCCGCAUCGAGGGGCUGAAGGCCGGCAUGCCAUACGUGGUCCAGGUCCGGGCCCGCACGGUGGCCGGGUAUGGCCGCUACAGCACCCCCGCCGACUUCAGCACCAAUCUGCAAAGUGACCCCGAGAAGUCUCUUCAGGAGCAGCUGCCCCUCAUCGUGGGUUCGGCCACCGCCGGUCUAGUCUUCAUCAUAGCUGUCGUUGUCAUCGCCAUCGUCUGCCUCAGGAAGCAGAGGAAUGGGUCUGAGUCAGAGUACACAGAGAAACUGCAGCAGUACAAAUCCCCUAUAGUCACGCCGGGAAUGAAGGUCUACAUCGACCCCUUUACCUACGAGGACCCCAACGAGGCCGUCCGAGAGUUCGCGAAGGAGAUCGACAUCUCCUGCGUGAAGAUCGAGGAGGUCAUCGGCGCAGGUAACCAACCAAAGCUCCUGAGCUACAGGGGGAAGACUGCUAGUCACCUCCAGGCCAUACCGUUAGAGGACUUCACGCCAAGCGGAGAGUUUGGGGAGGUGUGUCGUGGGCGUCUGAAGCUGCCCGGACGACGGGAGAUCAUUGUGGCUAUCAAGACACUCAAGGUGGGCUACACCGACAGGCAGAGGCGGGACUUCCUGAGCGAAGCGAGCAUCAUGGGACAGUUUGACCACCCAAACAUAAUCCGAUUGGAGGGCGUGGUCACCAAGAGUCGACCAGUCAUGAUCGUCACAGAGUUUAUGGAGAACGGGGCGCUGGACUCUUUCUUAAGGCUCAAUGACGGGCAGUUCACAGUGAUCCAGCUGGUGGGCAUGCUGCGUGGCAUCGCCGCGGGCAUGAAGUAUCUCUCUGACAUGAACUACGUUCACCGGGACUUGGCAGCUCGCAACAUUCUGGUCAACAGCAACCUGGUGUGUAAGGUGUCCGACUUCGGCCUGUCGCGUUUCCUUGAAGACGACGCCACGGACCCCACCUAUACCAGCUCACUGUAUUUCACGCUCACCUACUCAUUCGCAUAUCCACAGGGAGGCAAGAUUCCGAUUCGCUGGACGGCUCCCGAGGCCAUUGCCUACAGGAAGUUCACCUCGGCCAGUGACGUGUGGAGCUACGGCAUCGUUAUGUGGGAAGUGAUGUCGUACGGAGAGCGGCCAUAUUGGGACAUGAGCAACCAGGACGUUAUAAACGCUGUGGAGCAGGACUACCGGCUGCCCCCGCCCAUGGACUGCCCCACGGCACUGCACCAGCUCAUGCUUGACUGCUGGGUCAAGGAAAGGAACCUCCGGCCCAAGUUCUCCCAGAUCGUCGCAACGCUGGACAAGCUCAUUCGCAAUGCUGCCAGCCUCAAGGUGGUCACCAGCGGCACGCAUUCUUCCGGGGCAUCGCAGCCCCUGCUUGACCGUUGUGUCCCUGACUACACUACCUUCACCACUGUGGGAGACUGGCUGGACGCAAUCAAGAUGAGCCGCUACGGUGACAACUUCCUCAACGCCGGAUUUGCCUCCUUCGACCUCGUGGCCCAAAUGACAGCAGAAGACCUUCUUCGGAUAGGAGUGACAUUGGCAGGUCACCAGAAGAAGAUUCUAGGCAGCAUUCAGGACAUGAGACUACAGAUGAACCAAACACUGCCUGUCCAGGUCUGAGAUGGACCAACCAGAGAGACAGACAGGAAGGAGAGGAACUGUGCCAGAGAGAGAGCCAAUGGGAAACCCUAGCUGCCUGACCAUCUCAGCCAAUCAGAUGAAGACACACCUGUCUUGCAGGGGGACUAUUUGUUGUUUCUUCUUGUUAUUAGUCCGACGUUUUUCAAUCUGACAAGACUCAGCUGAAUUAUUUUGUUUAAAAAAAAAAAAUGUUUCUAAAGAGAAGAAAUGAACCCAUAUCCCACGCGUGCCUCACUUGGUCCAGUGUGGGGUGAUCGUUUGCAUGCGUGAGUGUGUUUUUGUGAGGAUGGCUGGGACUCAACCCCUCCCACCCCUACACAUCUAUUUGUAUCCCGAAUUUGGUCUUCCUCCUGUGAAAAUCCAUCUCCUUGAACCUUGAACCUUAACCCCAACAUCUGUCGGACAACCCCCUGACGGACACUACAGUUGGAAGUGGACAAACACUGUUUGAGUAUAAAAAUACAGAAAAAGGUGAACGAGCGUUCACACACAAAAAAAUAAGUGUUUGGAGACAAUAGAUGAAAUCCCUCCCAUGCUACAACUUGUUUUAUUGUUGGUGUGUGUGUGUGUGUGUGUGUGUUUUCCCCCCAUUUGUGUGUUAUUCCCCAUCUUCAUAUUGAAGGUGUAUUAUUAUGUACAAGGCCAUUGAGAAGGACGUGUGGAGGAGGAGUGUAAAGGGUAAAGGUCGGAAGAUCACCAAGGUCAAGAGGUCAAAUGAGAGCAGCUGAGAUGGCCAUGCUAGUUUGGCCUAACCAGGUCCAAAAGUCUCCGAUAGACCUCUUUCUAAGACAUGGGGGAAAACGUUGUCUCAUUUGCCAUCAACUGUGUUUUUCCUACUAUAAUAAUAAUAAGUGUUGUCUAUUUGUUUUUAUCAACCCUCAUUUAGAUUUUCUGUUGCAUAAUUAUUGGGGUUUGUGUUUCAAGAUGGCCGGUCAGAGCUAAGUACUUCCUGUUGGCUGGUCAGAGCUAAGUACUCCUGUUGGCCGGUCAGAGCUAAGUACUCCUGUUGGCUGGUCAGAGCUAAGUACUUCCUGUUGGCUGGUCAGAGCUAAGUACUUCCUGUUGGCUGGUCAGAGCUAAGUACUUCCUGUUGGCUGGUCAGAGCUAAGUACUUCCUGUUGGCUGGUCAGAGCUAAGUACUUCCUGUUGGAUGCUUUCUGUGAUGUCGGGGAGCUAGGCGAGGACUGUGGCAACUCACCUGACCAACCGGCCUUUUGUGUAUGUGUGUGUGAAUGUGAGAGUGUAUCAAGUUGCACACAAAUACUGUACAAUACAGCUUCAGCUAUAUCGCCACUGUGGAGAAUUAGUGCAUGAACUGAACAGUGACAAGGAGCAACAAUUAUAUCGGAAACAGUUACGCUUUAUUCUGUGGACAACUGUUAAAGUUUUUUUUAUUGAAAUACAAACGUUUGGAAAUAUACACUAUAUGCAUCCACAAUAGAGCAGACACCGUAACUUUCUUUUUCUUUUUUAUCUGGGUGUUAAAUUAAUCAAAAACUCGAGUUUAAUUUCUCUACUUCAACCCACUGUAUUUAUUUCUCUCCCCACUUGGACAAGAGGCCAUUUGAACUGUGGACUUAUUCUAAAGAAUGAUCAAGAGGAAACAGAACAUCCAAGAGGAUUCAGCAAAUCAAUUGAUGAUUAUAAAAAAAAAAAAAUGCAUAUAAAAUUGGAUAUUGUAUUUUUGUUGUUGUUCUAAACAGCCUGUACAUGUUUUGUAACAAAAAUAAGAUAAAUAACAUGAAAACAAAAUGGAGUUUGAUAAACUGGGAAAGUGUUA